AUUCACUGAAAUACAAGCGCCGCGGCGCGGCGUGCUCGAUCGAGCGAGCGCUCGCCUCUGUGAAAGACGUGUUUACGGUGUUAUACUCUUGAUAAGCAGAUAAUAUGUAAUAGUGCACUUUGUUCGUGCGUGGGUUAUACAUUUUUCCUAGGAAGAACAAGUGUCGAGUGUGUGUGGGUGACAAUUGCGGUUUUGAUACAAACCGAGUGAUUUUUGUUUACUUUUUGCCUUUUGUCCCGACUCUUUUUUUUACAUUUGUAAUAUCGUAAUACGACGUUUGCAGCCAGUGACGAGAGUUCCUCGGAAUAUGUACAAUACGUAGUGAACACCCGAGCAUCAGCAGAACGGACAAGAGAGGACAAAGCAAUAAGGAGAGGGAGAGAAGGAAUGGGGUUGUUGUGAAGUUGAUCAUAAAAGGGGCGCGUUGAGCGACUGAAGUGCCUACUCUGUCCUAUGAAUUAGACCCACGUUGCUGCUGCGCUGCACUAGGAGCACAAGCGUCUGUCCAUCCGGAAGUGCUAAAUCUUUGCAAGCUUGUUAUUUACGGACAACAUGCCCGGAAAGAAGAAGAAAUACAACGCCCGUUUUCCAGCGGGUCGCAUUAAAAAGAUCAUGCAAACGGACGAGGAAGUAGGAAAGGUUGCGCAGGCUGUGCCGAUCAUAAUUUCUAGAACAUUGGAGAUGUUUGUUCAUCAAUUGCUUACCAAAACAGUUCAUAUUACAAACACCAAGCAAGCAAAGACCUUAAGUCCUUCGCACAUGAAACAAUGUAUUUUCUCAGAGGCUCGUUUUGACUUCCUAAGGGAUAUCGUCAAAAAUGUACCUGAUGCCACUGGGUCAGAUGAAAAUGUAUAUUUGGUAGCAGCAGCAGCAGCAGCAGCAGCACCCAUCAUGCUUCCUCCUCCUCAACCAUAUCCACACAGUAUAACCAGCACUGCAGCAGUUGCUCCCAAGACUUCUACUGUUGUAUCAUCAAAUGUUCCCAAAGAUGGUUCAUCUUGUGCACAAAUACCAGUGAAAUUGCGCUCAGUUGAAGGAGAUAAAACCAAACUUGCUGAACCAGCUGAGGGUAACAAGACAGUAUUUACAUGUGAUGUCCCAAAGUCAAUAACUUCAUCUGUGCCUACAACAUUUAAUGCUAGCCAACCAAAUUUCUACACAGAAUUAAAUAGCAGUAGUUCAAGUGAUUACGUUCCAAAAUUCUCAUACAGCCAGUCCGUGUCGAAUUUAUCUUGUACUGCCAAUAUUGAUGAAGAUAAUGAUACGUAGCAAAUCAAUCCUCAAGUUAUUAAACUGUAGUAUUACAGUGUAUGUGCUCUACAGCUAUGUUUUAGGAUCAACUGAAAAACCAACUAGUUCUUCAAUAAUCUCAAAACUUUGAAAAAAGUAUAUAUAGAUCUUCAUUGUGAACAUACAAUGAAUGGUAAAUUUUUCAAUAGAUAUUACGAUUAUUGUAAAAUUAAAAGGAAUGAUUCAACAAUUUGUAAGAAUCACUGAAACAUGCGAACUUGAUAGUUAAUUUUUCUUCUUAUUUUCAUUGUAUGAAUAAGUAUUUGAAAAUUUAUUUAAGUCUGUAAUAAGCAAUAAGACUGCUAUAUCUUAUUUUUGUAAAACUUAAAUUAUUAAUAACUGUAUUUGAAUAAAUAGAAUUGCAUAUUUUCUUUAUUCUUUA